AUGGAGACCUGGUCUGACGGCUCUAUGAGCGGUGGCCUAGGUGAGGACACUUUCCAGUCUCCUUCUAGCGACAGGACUGUUAAGUUGAGCAGCGGCUACAAGGAACUCGAAGACAGCAGUAACUCUACCUUCUUUCCGACGCCUUUCACCGUCGCCGCGACAUCAGAGACGGGUGCUACGAAUGGCUCCGCGUCUUCAGGUUCUGAUAUCUCACCGUUGUCUCAGCGCCAGUCCUUCGCCGGCGUCGCGGUCGAGUCACCUUUUCGACCUGAGUUCGGCGGUCCGGUCCAGGCUCCCCCCAGCCACGGCAUGAGGUGGUCUCCUGCGCAGCUACAGAAAGAGAUCUCACGCAACUCUGACAACUUCUAUUCCCACCCCAGCAUAUCCAAGACUCAGGUUCCCUCCCGUCCGCAGUCAACAUUCCCCAUCCCACGAAACAUGCCUUUCGAGGAGAUGAUCGUACCGCGCGGACCGAACCUGCAUCAACGAAGACUCGAUGCAAGAGUAUCAAGCUCACCGGGUAUGCCGUCGCCGCUGGGUCCUGGACGUAUGCGAGAGCAGCUCCACGAGGGAGACGUGGGAAAUGUGUCGCUCUCACCGGUCCCGAACGGCCGUCUCCACACGAGCGAUAAGAUGAAGUACGGGAAGACCAAGUCAAGCAACAAGGAUACAAAGAACGCCUGGCAGAACACCCCGUCUCCACAUUCACCUACCGUGCAGCGCUACGCAUCCAGCGGCUCGAUCGCCUCGCCCAUGUUCGACGUAUACCCGCGAAGCGCUGAGAUAGACGGCGAAGGAAACUUGACCUUGGAUGGCUCGCCGUACAGUAACGGUUCUGGACAUGCGAGGAAGCACACUGAUCCUUUUGUCGACCAUAUGCCGUUUCAGGUCAGCACUGGGUCUACGACUCGUAUGUGUGGAGUUGGUGCGCUACCGACUGGCACUCGUCCGCCGCCUGUUCAUCCUAGCAUGUAUGAAGUUCUUCAGAAGAACCCGGCUGGCAUUCAGAUGUGUGGAAGUAACAGUGGGAUUAGCUGGGACCCCCGAUCUCCAGAGUUCGUGGGCAUGGUAUCUGCUGAUCGCUUACGUGGUAGUAACAGUGGAAUGAGCUUCAAGCCCUACGGUCCACCAUCCGGGUUUGUUAAUGUUCGGAUGGGUGAAACUCAGGCCUUCCAUCGCCCGUCAAGUGUCAUUGUGUGUGGAGCUCCUUCACCCAUACCAUCGCCAUCCGAGACUCGCAUGAGCAGCGGUUUCAAGCCCUUCAUGCCCUCACUUCCCUUUGGGCCCAUCGUACCCUCAUCUCAGUCGUUCGGCCAACCGCUUCGUACAUCAUCUACCGCAACAUGGCCCACCUCCGCGCCCGCGACAUCCGGCUUCGCCACCCCAGCCUCUACAGAAGACUCUCACUCCGCCCAUGAACCAACCUUCCAAGCCCGUCUACCCCUCCGCUCAAACCUACCCAUCCCACCUCCCCCACUCUCCACCAUCGAAGGCCAGUUCGAGCAGUCCCCUGAAGGCCGCACCCGUCUCGACGCGCAGAAGCCCGUCCGCUCAGCCUGGAUCCGCGGCGAAGCGUCCAAGAUAGCCCAGCUAGCAAAACUUCGCCACGCAAUGGAGAAGCGGUAUGAGGAAACCCGUUCCGACGCCGACUACUCAGCCUGGCAAACUCUCCAAGCCGCCUACGACGACGCUACGAACCUGGAGAAGAGGCAGGAAGAGAGGCGGAACCUUUUUCUUAGAGAGAAGAAGAUGGAGGCGUUGAAGACCGAUAAGACGGAGGAUAUGUCUGCCGCGAGCCGUGGUGGUAUUAAGGUGGAGGGGGAGGGGGAGGAGAAGUUGCUGGGGUAUAAGAUGGCGUUUAUGGAGCGUGUGUGUGCGGAGGUUAAGCCUGAGGAGGAUGAGGCGGCUAUUACUGGUGAGAUGUUGGCGACGUUGAGUAAGGAGGAGAAGAAGGCUAUUCGGAAGCUGCUCGUUGGUCGUAUGGAGCGCAUGGCUUGA